AAUUUAUCAUUUAGAGACGCGCAUCCGGUGACGUCUUUACUGUGCGUCAAUACACCGAAUAAACAUGGAGCGGGUGCUAACUUAUUUACAGGAGGUGGAGGAGAAAGCGGAGGACUUGCUAGGUGACAGGCGGCAGAUUGUGGAUUUGGAUAUCAAGAGGAAUCAAAACAGGGAAGCUCUAAGAGUUCUGUAUAAGGAUCCAUCUGUGCCAGAUAAAGUAACUGUCUGUUUUGGAAGCAUGUUCCUAAGUCUCCCUAAACAAAAGACUAAAGAAAUGAUUGAGCGAGAUCAAAAGCAGCUUGAUGAAGAAAUAAACCAACUCCGAACCCAGCUGAAAAUAAAGUUGAAUACAUUGUAUGAGGCACAAGGACAACCGGAAAUAAAAGGCUUUAAUUUGAGUCCACUCACCCAUGAGGAAAUGAGUGCCAUCAAUAAAGUGAUUGGAGAAACGGAAUGAUCAAAUACAUUUUAAACCACAAACUGGUAAAUACCAGAACUGUGCUCAUGGUUUUCAUCUUCAUUUUCUGCAUAUUCUUCCUGGAUUACCCACAGGAGAAGUUGUAUACAGUUUGCUGGGCUGCAGACUGCACAUUGAACAAACUGCAUCAUUUUGGUUAUUGUAUAACUAUAUAAUAAAUAAAUAAAUAUAUUUGGAUA